UUUUGCUCUUUUGUCCCAUUCGCUGAGGACUCUGAGAUCAAGUACCGGCAGGCCUAGAAGAUUUGCCGUCUUCUUUCUGGAUAGUCACAUACCAACACUUGCUGCAUUUGCUUCAGUUCAACAUCGAUUCGCACCAUGCCAUCCACUACGCUUGUAACCUUUCUAUUCGAGUCCGCACCGGCUGCGAGGACUAUUGAGCUACUCGGCUCGUGGGACAACUUCAACAAACCGUAUGCCAUGAAGCUGGAUCUCCGAAAAGGUAAAAACUUCUGGUCUGGAUGCUAUAGCUUCGAGGAUAUCAUAUGUGAUGGCGAUCUUAGCUCCCCUGGCUUGAGGCGUAAUGGUGCUCUUAAAAUGGGUGGAACGUAUUGGUACUACUACCGGGUAGACGGCCACAACGAGUGCCAUGACCCGUCACAACCCUCGACCACUUUGUGCCCUCUGCUUCCUGGCCAGCCUCUGAACGUGCUCGAGGUACCCUACGAUUCUAGGAGCAGAAGCAACUCCGCCAGUUCCACAUCAUCUGGAGUUCAUACACUCAAUCCAGAGGACAAGUAUCUUAACCCAAGACCUGCGCCACUUCCGCUGCCGAAGAUCAUUACCUCUUCCCACGGCCUCGCAGAGCACCGAAAGCGCCCACACUUGGACAUGAAGUACCUCGCGAGUAAUGAUGGAGACUAUCCGCGCUCUGCUGGUUACGACAGCCCCUCUCGAGCUCGCUCCCGAUCGCCUUUCCGUAGGCUUGCCAAAUCAGCCGCUGGCUCACCAAGCGAAAGCUUGAAAACGACUCUAUUCGAUUUCAAGGAAGCCAGUGACAAAAUCAAGGCCACUUUCGAAAGGGUCAACUUUGGGAAAUCCACACUUUUUGAAGAGCAACGUGGUCGCAGCAGGCAUGCACGGGGUACCCAUGAGCUUCAGAUUGGGUCCCCGGUUCUCAUUAGCGGUCUUGAUGAGCGGCGCGAGCUUAUCCCAUUCUCCACUGGAGUCUCCGAAAUACCUUUUACGUUGCCAGUAGCACCAAAUGCUCAAUCCGCCAAUUUCUCUCCAUUGAGAAGCCACCCGGUGGGUCCCAGUGACGAUCUCCGCUUUCCACAUCUAGUAGAAGAAAAUCCACCGCCGCCUAAAAGAGCCUGUUCGCAGGCACAGGAUUCUUCUCUGGUACCCGGUGAGAGGACUCCGCUACGAGGAAGGGCGCUUUCAGCAGAGCACAGGCGUUCAAAGUCUCCACGCCAGGUGCGAGAAUCGAGGGAAGGGGCCGAAGUAUUGUAUCGCCGACGAUCGAUGUCUGUUGGCAAAGUCAGAGAGCCGUCGCCUCUUCGCAAUACCGUUGUGUAUGACGAGCUUCUUCUGAUUCCUGAUCAGAUACAGGAGGCGAAGAACGAGGACGACAACAACAUGCAGACGCCAGGCGCAAUGUGGACGACUUUCCUCGCAACGCCGCCAAGUAACGAUUCGCGUCCGCCAUCACGGCGCGGAGAAGAACCAGAGCCAUUCCUACGAAGCAUGCCACUCGUUGGCAAAGAACUACCGAAUUUGCCGUCUUAUCUUGUUCCAGAACCCCUCUUUUUCCACAACCGAAAUGUUGACGGGUGCGAUGACUCCCGAGACUUUGCAGAGGCAGGGGCUUGCGAGGAACCGACCAGUCACUUCUCCCUAUGGAGCACCACGUCCAUCGAGUUUCCGGCGCUCUCAUCGGAUGGAGACGGAGUUCACUCUCCUACAUUGAGCUCGAUAACAACAAGCUCGAGCGACAUUGAGACACCACAGAGACUCUCUGGCCAAUACAUGGGCGACCUGAACGCAUUAUACGAAACAGCUUCGUUAAACGACGAAAGUCCCAAGUCUGGCCACUCAUCGCCCGUAGGCCAUGGUACUCGUGUCGCUCAUGAUCCCGCUUUCCGGAACUCUACUACGCUUGGAACUUCCUUCAACUUUCAUAUCGCCCGACCUGAAAGCGCAUCUCGUCGGCACGCCACAUGCUUUGCACUCGCCGAUGGCUUUCAAGGAUACUCACUCCCAGAUUAUCAGACUGCAUCAGAAGCCACUCUCACCAAAGCUUCGACUCCCCUAACGGCAUUUGCAGACUCGUCAACCCCUAGAGUUGAACAGAGCUUAAGGUCAGAUGCUACCAUGACUCAGCUCGAGCAACUCAUGACCGAUUUUGGAUACCUCGGCGGAGCCGUGCUUUGAACAUUACGAUUCAUUCGCUCCUACCACUUUUUAGAAGCCUCUUCACAGGAAUGACUUCGAAAGCUUCUUUUAUGAUACCCUACACGCAUGUAGGCCUUUACACCUUGUAUGAUAGUUUUGGUUUUCGCACUGUAUACCCGUCGUGUACGAAUUUGUUUUGUUCUUCUU